GUGAAUCAUGAACAGUCACUAACUCAUGAGGAUUUUUCAGAAAAUGAGUGUAUGUUAAAGGAGGGAUGAAUGAAGCCGCGCUACCACUAGACGCAUAGACCAAAUAAGAUGUGGAUAUCCCCGCGAGCCGUGCGACGCGGUCUCAGUCGCACCCCGUUUUGACAUGAGGUGUGUCUGCGAGGGAGUAGCCUCAUAAUGAUCCAAAAUAAAGGAAGAAGAGGGUCUGUUGCUAAAUAAUCUAACCACAAAGGAACCAGAAUGAGCAGCUCUUGUAAACGAGACAACGAACAGAAGAAGAGAUUACAGCACUUUCAAUCCGACCUCGCGAUUCUGGGAUCUUUACAGGGCUUUCGGUAUUUCCAGCCUUGGCUGAGAGGGAGAGAGGAGCUGCUGCUGACAAUAGUUAAUGAGGAUCAGGGCUGGCAGUCUCCUGGCUUCCUGGUGUCGGCGGCCUCCUCCUCCCUCAGCAGCUGCAGCUCCAGCAGCUACAGCUUUGGCAGCGGCUACGACAGCUCGCCCCUGCCUGGGGAGAAGCCUCCCCUGGCCGCCAGACCCCACCACCACCACCAGCACCACCAGCACCACCACCAACAGCAGCAGCACCACCAGCUGCAGCCACAGCAGCAGGAGGAGGAGGAGCAGGAGGAGGAACAGCAGGCUAGCAGGAGCAGCGAGUCCCAUCUCCUUCCUGCCUCGCCCAGCGAGAGAGAGAUCGCUGUGCCUGAAAUGAACUGCACUCUGUUUCUGUUGGCCGGUUACGCCAAAUACGGCCGUCCAUACGCCUGGAUCCGGUCCAAUCACGAACGGCUGGUCAACAUCGGGGGAACCGACUCGCUGGUCAAAGACACGCCCAUGAAACUGAAAUCAGUCACAGACUGGUCGUCACAAGAUAUCCACGUUUGGGACGUGGUGAGUGAGCUGGUCGGCCUGUGCACCAUGCCCCCGCCGGACAACCCUUUCUCCCUGGACACACGCUACCUCCAAACCCUCCCCCUUCCCGACCGCCUCUUCGUGACUGGGGCCCUGAUCGGCUUUCUGGAAGCCCUAGUGGUUCGGGGGAACCAGGAGGAAGUGUACUACGACAUGGUUGUACAGGAAAUGAAGUGGCUGAGGCGUCUUCACGUACAUAGCCUGUCUGACGUGCUGCAACUUCGGGGAAAUGUCAAGCGCAGUCCUUGUGCACCAGAGGACUCUGCUGAAGAGGAGAUGUAACCGUGGCACCAUGAGACUCCCCUGCCUCCGCUUUUUGCCUCUUACAAACAUAUACACUACAUACACUACUCACAAAAAGUUAGGGGUAUCUGGUUUUGGGUGAAAUUGAAAUGUUUCAGUACAGAAAGUACUGAAACAUUGAACUGUUGGACAUGUAUAUUCAAACCUUUAGAGAGGCGGUCUCAUUAACGUUCACCUAUAAAGGUUAUAGUGGAUUUUAGGUUUAUCCUAGCCUGGCUAGCGCCUACCACUUCUCAACCAGACGUUCAUUUUCUCUAUUUGAAAAAAUGCUCAGAUCCGUUCAUUGGGCGCCACGGAUGUCUAUCAAAUGCGUCUGUGCAUAGCUCAUCAUGGUCUUGCUUUCUCCCCUGUUCUGUGAUUGGCCACCAACAUCCGGCGAAAAUGUGGGUGUUAGUUUCCAGACUGCCUUAGCAGCGUGAAAGAAAUCACCGCGCAAGGCAGGAUGGGAACACCCAGGCUAGGUUUAUCCUGAAAUUUCACCUAAAAGCCGAAUAUCCCUGACUUUUUGUGAGUAGUGUAUGUCUUGUAGUGUGGCACUGGCACUCCACAGGCAACCUGAUUGAGCAUGUCAGCGUGCUUUACAUGUGUAUAAUUUCCAGGAAAAUGUAGAAAAAACAAUUGUACUGUAAUCUCUAUCUGUUGGAAAGUGUUGGUGAAAUGGUGCUAAUUAUUAUUACUAUAUACUUGUGUGUAUUCAUCAUUUAAAAUGUAUUUUGUCUCAGUGCAAUAAAGCUUUUAUUCCAUACUGGAGUGUGAAAACCGAA